CUGAUGUAACUUUCGUUUCCUGUGCGGCAAGGGUCAUUCGCAACUCACGAGAGUGGAUAUUUUCAACAGAGUUCAGUUUACCAAACCGAAUCUGGUAUUUUUUACUAUCACUUUGCAAUAUUUCAGUGAUGCUACGGACGCUGUGCCGGACCGGCGGGGCCAUUUUCCAGCAGACCCAGCGCGCUGUGCCGAAGCUGUGUGUUAAUCCAGUCCAGCAGCGAUGGGCGUCCAGUCUUCCCAUGAACACCGUGGUGCUGUUCGUGCCCCAGCAGGAAGCCUGGGUGGUGGAGAGGAUGGGUCGCUUCCAUCGGAUCUUGGACCCGGGUUUGAACUUCCUAAUACCCAUACUUGAUAAAAUUCGCUAUGUUCAAAGUCUCAAAGAAAUUGUGAUUGAUGUCCCGGAGCAGGCUGCAGUGUCUCUUGAUAAUGUAACACUGCAGAUUGAUGGUGUGCUUUACUUGAGGAUACUAGACCCCUUUAAGGCCAGCUACGGCGUCGAGGAUCCAGAGUACGCUGUCACACAGUUGGCACAGACCACCAUGCGUUCAGAACUGGGCAAACUCACACUGGACAAAGUGUUUCGGGAAAGAGAGUCCCUCAAUGCCAACAUCGUCCACUCCAUCAACCAAGCUUCAGACGAGUGGGGAAUCCGUUGCCUUCGUUAUGAAAUCAAAGAUAUACAUGUUCCACCUCGUGUCAAAGAGUCCAUGCAGAUGCAGGUGGAAGCCGAGCGUAAAAAGAGAGCCACAGUGCUGGAGUCUGAAGGGACAAGAGAAGCAGCCAUUAAUGUUGCUGAGGGUCGUAAACAAGCUCAGAUCCUGGCCUCAGAGGCUGAAAAAGAACAGCAGAUCAAUAUAGCGGCUGGUCAGGCCCAAGCCGUUCUGGCCAAAGCUGAGGCAAAAUCCAAAGCCAUCCGUCUGCUGGCAGAUGCUCUGACUGAGCAGAAUGGAAAUGCUGCUGCUUCACUAAGUGUAGCUGAGCAGUAUGUGUCUGCUUUCUCCAACCUCGCCAAAGAGUCAAAUACCAUCCUACUGCCCUCUAACACUGGUGAUAUUAGUGGAAUGGUCUCGCAGGCUAUGACUAUUUACAGUACGCUGGCAAAGACGAGCCCAAGAGUAUCGCCAGACGUUGUUGGGGAGAACAACGAGGUGGUUGAGAACCAGUCAGGAUCGCCUCAUGAACAGAGAACUCAUGAAUGAAAUCAAACUACUUAAUGACAGAGAAGAAGCAGUUCAUGUUGAAGGUCCAAGGUUCGUGUUCAUAGAAACCUUCAAAUGACAGGACAGAAGGGGAAAAACUGCAAACUUCGUAAACUCUUCGGGAGUCUUGUCCUGGAGCCUGGGGGAGAGUUGCACCUUUUGUAUGAGGACUUGUAAUCUUCACUGAGUAUUGUGUGAUUAUUGUCUGUUUGAGAAAUUGACACCAGCCUCCAGGCAGCACAUACCAGUGACUAUCCAGCUGAUAUGGAUGUCAGCACAGACAGACAUGUAAAAAUAAGUCUCCUGUGAGCAAUUUGUUGUUAUUGCAUUUUUUUUUUUUUUUUUUUUUUUUAUGUGUUGGGCCCUUUUGACCACUCUACCUAAAGUUUAAGGGAAUUAUACCAUUCUGUUUUCUCACUUUGCAACCUAUUUUCCAUGACUGUAUUCAGGUUCUUUCUGGUUAUUAAUAUUCAUGUAAUAAUCAAACCCACCUCCGGUGAAAAUAUAUACAUGGCUAUUAUUUAUAGAGGUUUUGACAAUUCUUCAUCUACUUUUAGCAGGAAUUUUAGGGACCACUGACUUUAAGUUGCUGCAUAUGAUGUCAGGCUGGAUUCCUCAUGUUUCCAAAAGUGUAGGAAAUUCACAAUUUAGCCCUAGACUCUAUUAAACCCCCUCUGAAAAGGUGAAGUGUUAUAUGUUAUGUUGUUAUAUGUUCCUCUUCUCUGAGUAUAAAUGUUCACCUCUGAGGUCUAACCAGUUAUAUUUGUUAAAUUUCAAGGUUCACUGCAAAGGCCUAAAAUUUGUUAUUUCUGAUUUAUAUAAAAUAAUACUUGAAUUGGUUAAUCUGAGCAUGUCUCAGUUCAGCCUGAGGAGACUUGAAAAGAUUUGUAGUAGGUUUGUAGAUGUAGUGACAUGAGAUAUUGUGAGAAAAAUGUUUAAAAAUGUAAAUAUGUUAAAAAUAGUCCAAGUUAUUUUAAAAACAAACAAACAAAAAUGUAGUCACUGAAUAUUUAGGGUGCAACACGGUGGCGUGGUGGUUAGCACUGCUGCCUCACAGUUAGAAUACCAUCUAGAAGGCCUGGGUUCGAUUCCACCUUGGUCCGGGCCUCACUCUCUCUGUGUGAAGUUUGCGUGUUCUCCCUGUGUC